GUUAGUUGCUGUUUCGCAAUUGACAAUUAAUCAAUUGUCAAUCUUUAAUUGCCAGAACAAUUAAAUUUUGCCCAACACUGCUUAGGACCCAUCGACAUAUUGAAUUAUAUGUAUUUUGUUACAGCAUAUGAUGAAUAUCUACCAAAUGUACAACAAACCAGCGGAACAGGCAAACGUGUUAAUCAUUCCUGCGUGUGGAUUUGCUUCUGUACCAGUGUCAGCUGGUCUUAUCCAUCUAGAAAAUAAUUUCAAAGGUGUUCUUCGUACUGUAGAAUGCUACACAGCUAUCGAUUUUCCUACAUCUAUCCUACCUGGACGUGAUAACUGCGUAGUACAUUAUGGAACUUGGGAAUCACUAGUGCAUGAAUUGCAAAAUCUUAAACAGUUCCAUGAAACUAAAAGCCAAGUUUAUCCAGGCUUUAAACCUGUACCCCAAAGCUUAAAAAGAUCAUUCUUUCAUAGAAAUCAUGGUAGAUUCUGGUUCCCUUAUCCAGGACCUGAUGAGAGCAUUGUAGCGAUUGAUCAAGCGUAUCGCUCAAAAACAGGAACACCAACGUACUUUUUCCAAAGUUACGUGACUCCGCCUCUUCUCAUACAUUUCUUUGUAGUACCUGUUUUCUUUAUCUACUACUACCUUUGUUCCUUCAAAUGCUUCCGAAAGUUAUUGUGGAAACAUCCUAAAUUUUUUACUUUAGGCUAUUUUUCACACAAAGGACCGAGCGAACAAAUGAGAAAUAAUACAAAAUAUUCAUUCACAUUAUACGGCUCAGGAGCUGACAAUAACAAUGUGGGGAAAUCCUUAACAGCAAAGGUUUCUGGAAACGAUCCUGGAUAUCGUACUACAGCCAUAGCAGCUAUUUGUGCUGCUUUAACAAUACUUAAAGAGAGAUCUAAAAUGCCGAUAGGUGGCGUGAUAAACAGCGGUACAGCAUUCCAAAAUACUCGAAUUGUUGAUAGGCUGAAUAACUCAGGGAUGAAGAUUGAAAUUGUUGAUGAUAGUGGUAAUGAAACUAAAGUUGAGUGGAUCGAAAAGUGAAUGAUUUAAUGGACCUUGAUAUAAAUUUUUCAGA